CGCCAGACAGCGCGGUCAGAGCCGAGGUUGCGGCUCCAGCGGAUCUGGAUCAAGGGCCGGAGGCCGAGACCCGCAGAGAUGCUGCCUAUCACAGAGUACAUACUUCACCUCCUGGGACUGGAGAAGACGGCAUUCCGUGUGUAUGCCCUGUCUGGGCUCCUUCUCUCCCUGCUCUUCUUCCUCUUCCGUUUGCUGCUGCAGUUCCUGAGAUUCUGCUGGUGCUUCUACAUCACCUGCCGUCGGCUGCGCUGCUUCCCCCAGCCACCCCGGCGCAACUGGCUGCUGGGCCACCUGGGCAUGUAUCUCCCAAAUGAGAUGGGCCUCCGAGCUGAGAAGAAGGUGCUGGACAACAUGCACCAUGUGAUCCUGGUGUGGAUUGGACCUGUCCUUCCACUGUUGGUUCUGGUGCACCCUGACUAUAUCAAGCCCGUGGUGGGUGCGUCAGCUGCUAUUGCCCCCAAGGAUGACCUUUUCUAUGGCUUCCUGAAACCUUGGCUGGGAGAUGGGUUGCUGCUCAGCAAAGGUGACAAGUGGAGCCGGCACCGCCGUAUGCUGACACCUGCCUUCCACUUUGACAUUCUAAAGCCCUACAUGAAGAUAUUCAACCAGUGCACCAAUAUUAUGCAUGCAAAAUGGCGGCGCCUGGCGGAGGGCUCAGUGGUCUCCCUUGACAUGUUUGAGCAUGUCAGCCUCAUGACCCUGGACAGUCUUCAGAAAUGUGUCUUCAGCUACAAUAGCAACUGCCAGGAGAAGAUGAGUGACUAUAUCUCAGCCAUCAUUCAGCUGAGUGCACUGGUGGUCCAACGCCAAUAUCGCCUGCAUCUCCACAUCGACUUCAUCUACUACUGUACAGCAGAAGGCCGGCGUUUCCGAAAGGCCUGUGACACCGUGCACCGUUUUACUACAGAAGUCAUCCAGGAGCGGCGGCGGGCACUACGCCAACAGGGGGCUGAGGCCUGGCUUAAGGCCAAGCAGGGCAAGAACUUGGACUUCAUUGAUGUGCUGCUCCUGGCCAGGGAUGAAGAUGGGAAGGAACUGUCAGAUGAGGACAUCCGAGCUGAGGCUGACACCUUCAUGUUUGAGGGUCAUGAUACAACAUCCAGUGGGCUCUCGUGGGUGCUGUUCAACUUGGCCAAGUAUCCAGAGUACCAGGAGAAGUGCCGGGAAGAGAUCCAGGAAGUCAUGAAAGGCCGGGAGCUGGAGGAGCUGGAGUGGGACGACCUGACCCAGCUGCCUUUCACCACUAUGUGCAUCAAGGAGAGCCUCCGCCAGUUCCCACCUGUGACCCUGGUCACCCGCCGCUGCACAGAGGACAUCAAGCUCCCGGAUGGGCGCGUCAUUCCCAAAGGGAUCAUCUGCCUGAUCAGCAUUUACGGGAUCCACUAUAACCCUAGAGUGUGGCCUGACUCUAAGGUGUACAACCCCUAUCGCUUUGAUCCAGACAACCCACAGGAGCGCUCCGCGCUGGCUUACCUGCCCUUCUCUGCAGGACCCAGGAAUUGCAUCGGUCAGAACUUCGCCAUGGCUGAGAUGCGUGUGGCUGUGGCGCUGACGCUGCUGCGCUUCCGCCUGAGCGUGGACCGAACGCACAAGGUGCGGCGGAAGCCUGAGCUCAUUCUGCGCACGGAAAAUGGCAUUUGGCUCAAGGUGGAGCCUCUGCCUCCGCGGGCUUGAGCUCCGGAGUGCCCCUGCGGAUCCCGGGGCCCAAGCCCAAUCCAGAGAGGCCCAGGUUCCGCCCCCGAGAGCCCAGGCCUCCCCGUCAAGAUCCUGAGGGCUUAGACCACGCUCCCGCACACCACGCUCCGCUCCUGGAGGAGCAGGCUCCUCCAUUAAGCAGCCUGAUGGUGCAGGUCACACCCCCUCAAGGCAAGGCUCCUCCUCCUGAGGGUCUGAUCCCUGUCCUUUGCGGUCCAGGUUCUGCCCUUUGAGUGCCAGUUUCUGCCCUCUGGUUUGAGGGACCAGGAUUGGCCACCCCCCUCGGACUUGGGCCGGGUCUCAACAUCCUUCGGGUUCAGAUCUUCAGGCCCCCACCACUGUGCCUUCCAACGACCUAAGAUAUGACACCCAAGGCCUCUCUGAUAAAAGCCCAAUCUCCCUUGGAUUCUGGCUGGGUUUUAAACUGAGGAUCAGGGAACCAGAGCCUGAGAUCAGAGCCUUGAACCUGAACAUCACCUUCUUGAGGCCCCCAGCUCAUAUGGAUGAACUCCUCAGGAAUCAGGCUGCAGCCCACAACCUGGGCUGAUUUGCAAACCCAGACCCUCCCUCUCAAGCCCCUUCCUUCCUCUCUUGCUCAAAGGCCCAUUGCCGAGUGUCUUGAUUUUUGUAGAAUAGAUGCCAGGGAUUUGGACAUUCCCCACCAUCCAUCCCCCUAGCCAGGCCAGAUUCUCACACCUGGAACCGUGGACAGUUGAGAAGUUGUGGGCUAGGAGGCUGGGAGGCCCUUUGUCCUUGGACAUAAACUCAGACUUUUGGGGACAGUUUGUGCAGUCAUUUAUUUAAUCAACAUACCCACAAUAAGUGUCUGCUGGCACUGGGCCAGAAGCACAGUACAGCCUAAUUUCUGCCCUUAGAAGGAUUGUGUGUGUGCGUGUGGUGGGGGGGGUACAUAUGUUGGACAAAUAAUUCUACAGGUAAAUUUAUUUACAACCUGUGACAAGUGUUCUGAAAGAGAGGCCCUGGUGCUGGGCACACAUAACAGGAGGAUGGAGGGUGGCGCAGGGAGAGCUACUCUGACACUGAACUUGGAGUAGAAGUUGAGUGGCGACAAGGGAGAGAAGUGCAUUCCAGGCAGCAGGAACAGCACCUGCAAAUGUCCUGAGGUGAGAGAGAGCAUGGUGUGCUUGUGGAAUUCAUAAAGGGCCAGGGUGGCUGGAUCUGGGGAGUGGGGGAAGAAUGGAGGAAGGGUGGGCAGGGCCCAAGAGAGCAGGAACUGUGGGCCACGUCACAAUUCAGGCUUUAUGUGGAGGGCACUAGGGAGCUAUAGAGUGUGUGAGAGCAGGGGGGCAGGAGAGGUUAUGGUAGAUCUGGGCUGCAGGGAGGUGGCUUGAAAAGGGUCUACUGGGGACUGGAAACUCAGGGAAGAGAGAGGCUGAGGUCCAGGUGGGACAGGAGAGGUGACUGUCUAGGUGUGAAGGCUGAGAGGAGAGAGGAGGUAAGGGUGAAUGCCAAGUCUUUGACUGAGGGAGUGAUACAGUGAUGUAGAAGUUGGGGGAAUGUCCAUGACUCCAAUAAUCAAACUAAUUUAUGAAAUAUUUAUUGAACCAGGCAGUGUUUGAAUUUUUGCAUAAUUGACAUUCUGGGGGGGGCAGAUGACAGAUGAUAAAUAAGCAAAUAAAUAAAUUCACACAGACUUGCAGGCCACCAAAAGGAUUUUGACUUUUAUUGUGACAUAAAUGGGGAGCCAUGGAGGGUUCUCAGUAGAGGAGGGAAAAGAUUUGUCUUAUAGUUUUGGGCUGCUAUGUUGAACAGAGAUGGUGGUGGCAAGGAUGGGACGAGGGAGUUCAGAUGGGGGUGGCUCUACCCAAGCUGGAGAUUGUAGAGAUGAAAAGGGGUGAUUGCAUUCUGAUGAGGAAUGAUUGUUUCACGAAGGCAGUGGUGGCAGGUCUGCAGAUGGAUGGAGUGUAGGGUUUGGGAGAAGGGGAGGACUCCACAUUUGGGUCUGAGUACCUGCAAGGAUGGAAGUGCUACCAACUGAGAUGCAGAAUCCCAGAAUGGAGUAAGUCUUUUUUUUUGGUAGGAAUUGGUCUGAGAUCAGCAUUUGUUUGGGCCAGGAAGAACUGGAGAUGUCAAGUGGGUAGUUGGAUAGUGGGUCUUGAAUUUGGGAGAGUUCAAGGCUGGUGAUUAUACCUGAGGAGGCUGAGUGUUUAGAUGUUGUUUAAAAAGCCUCAAGACUGUGAGCUCCCCCAGUGUGUGUGUGUGUGUUUGUGAGCACAAGAAGGAGGAGUUUAAGGACCAAGCCCUGGGGGUCUCCAAAGUAAAUAUAAGAAUAAUAAGAUAUGUCUAUUGAGUGUUUCCUGUGUGCCCUUUGCAGAUAUUCUCAUUGAAUUCUCAAGGGUGGCUCUUAUGAGAUGGGUAGUAUUACCAUUUCAUUUAACGUGUAGGAACUGAGUUCCCCAGAGUGAAAUGACUCACCCCAGGCCCUACAAUGAUCUCUUUGGGACCUCAGAAGGGGCCCUGAGUCCUUUUAUACCCAUCCCUCCAGCUCCUGGUGCUGGCCUGGGUUACUAGUCUUUCUUUGCCUCAAAGGAAGUGUCCCCAGGGAGGGGCUGGGGCAGGGGGCUUGGAGAUUAGCUAAACCUCGGCAGCCGAUCUUGCGGCGCCCCCAGGUGGCAUGUGGUGGGAUCGUCGGCCAGAAUCCCCUGUAGCAGGCUACUCGCGGGCUGAGGGGGAAACAUUCUGUCCUGUGAGGAGCCACCUCACUCUUGAUAAUGCCGCUUCUUCCACACUCUCGUCCAGACUCAGUCUCCAAGUGCACACCAUUUCCUAAACACUGCACCUGCCUCCCUGGCUCCCCCUACCUCCGCCCCAUUUCCCGUGCAACCCUGUCAUCUACCAGCAAAAAUAACUUUGCCUUGGGAGGUGACGUAUGUUAGUUCAAACCCCGGUUUUUCCCCUUCCUAGCAGUGGACUUGGGCACGUGACUGCCGCUUUCUGCACCUCUGUUCUCCUUUAUCAUGUGGAUUUUACAGGAUCAUCAUGCUUGUAAUGCACAUUGACUUUCCACCAAGGGUCAUGAUGGUGAAUGAAUGAGAGAGGGAAGAGCGAAGGCAUGGGUGCCUGGAACGUUGCUGCACCUGCAUGUGUGAUUUUCAAGGCACACCCAGCCCAGUUGCUCUCUCUGGCUGCUGAAGGAUGUCUUUCCUCUCCUGAAUGUGUCAGAGGCUCCCUCUGCUGGCUGAUUCGGGGACAACAGACUGAGGGGGUUGGUCUCCAUUAAUUCAGCGUGUGCGCAUGUGUGGCCGUGUGUGACUGUGCAUAUGUGACUGUAUGUUUGGGUGCAUUUGGGUGAGUAAGUGAGCGUGUGUAAGUGUGCAAGUAUGUGAGUGUGUAUAUGUGAGUAAGAGUCCAAAUGUCUGCACAGUGAUUGUGAGACGGUGUGCAUGCAUCUGUGUGCAUGUGUGUAUGUGAGUGUGCAUGUGUCUGUAAGUGCGCAUGUGUCUGUGAGUGUGUGCGUGUGUGUAUGACUGUGUGUGGAUGGGUGUGUUGGGAAGAUGGGAGGGGAGACCCUCUCUUACUGAACAACUAUAACUGUCCACAUCAGGCGGUGCUCAUCCCUGGAGCCGCUGUCCAAACCUCCCUCCCUUCUGCUUGCAGCAGGCAGGACGUUCUAGAGGAAUAAUGCCCUUGGAAGCAGCCCUGCCUAAGGUGCACAUUCUCCAUUGUCUCCCAGAGGGACUGAGCCCCAGUGGGAAUUUCCUUAUAAAGUAUCAUUUACCUGCUGCCUUCCCUUCUCUAUUUCACCUCCCCACUGCCUUACUGGCAUUUGCACCUCUCAGACAACUUACAGUUGAAUUUUUGUCUCAGAGUCACCUCCAAAUAAAG